CAUGUUGGGAACGCGUGGUAUUGUGGGAGUGUAGGGCCCGCCAUUCGCUUGUCUCACGCCUUCGCAGCGUUCGCCAGCGCACCAGAGAGGAGACAGUGAAGAUCCGAGCCGCACUCUUCCUGCCAAGAUGUCUAUUGGUGUGCCGAUCAAAGUCUUGCACGAGGCAGAGGGCCACAUCGUGACGUGUGAGACGAAUACUGGCGAGGUGUAUCGGGGGAAGCUCAUUGAAGCGGAGGACAACAUGAACUGCCAGAUGUCCAACAUCACAGUCACCUACAGAGACGGCCGAGUGGCCCAGCUGGAGCAGGUGUACAUCCGGGGCAGCAAGAUCCGCUUUCUCAUCUUGCCCGACAUGCUGAAGAAUGCACCCAUGUUAAAGAGCAUGAAAAAUAAGAACCAAGGCUCCGGGGCCGGCCGGGGAAAAGCUGCUAUUCUGAAGGCCCAAGUGGCUGCGAGAGGAAGAGGUCGUGGAAUGGGACGUGGAAACAUAUUCCAGAAGCGAAGAUAAUUUUCCCUUGAACAGAACUUUCGGCCCUUCUUUUUUCUUUUGGGUUAUCUGGGUUCUUGGGGUUGGGUGCGUGUGUAUAUGUUACAGGUUUUCUUCCGGCAUCUUUCUCUUUAGAUCAGAGGAAAUGUUAAACUAAAUAAACCCGGCUGUUUGGUUUUGGGUUUGACUUUC